GAUGUAUUCCACUAUAUAUUCCCCGCGGAACACCAUCUAUUCUUUCAUCCUCAUUUGUUUUAUAGCCAACAUUUACAAGACGUAAGACAAGAUCAUGACCUAUUAAGAUCCAUUCGCUUCUAAAGAUGUCUUUUCGGUUAAUUCCAAGAUAUCAAUCCCAUUCAGCGAUUUGACCUUGUCUAAUGCCCGCCGAGUUUCUAACAAGGUUACGAGUCUUCGACGUCAUUGGCAUCAACCACGCCUUCGCCACGUUGACGGAUCAAUUGUCCGGAACCCAACGGUAAUAUCUACCAAAGAAGGCCGUCGCUCAGUGUAACAUGCAUGAUUCAGUUCACUAUCACCAUGGACAAAAGCGUCGCCCCAAAUCUGCCGAUGGCGUGUAGCCCGGGGAAGGGCGAAUGUUGUGACGAGGGCAAGAUCGCAGCGGAUGGGCUGGACAGGGACCUCCAUCUUACCGAGCGUGGUCGGGUCGAGAUGGACGUCAACAAGGCCGACUCCGGCGUUGCAGAUCUCCUAACCGCGCUGAAUCGUCGGAAGUCGACAUUCGAGACAGAACCAGAUGCAACACACAAGCGAGAGCCGGACAAGCCGUUCCCGAUGAGGAUGAACCUGGUCAUCCAUGUCGUGGGAUCGCGCGGCGACAUCCAACCGUUCAUCGUGUUGGGGAAAGCCCUCAUGCGACACGGCCACCGCGUGCGGUUAGCCACUCACCUCGUCUUUCGAGAUUUCGUCCGCGAGAACGGUCUCGAGUUCUUCAAUAUCGGCGGCGAUCCCGCAGAGCUCAUGUCGUUCAUGGUCAAGAAUCCUAAACUGAUCCCCAAGAUGAAUUCCCUAUUGCAGGGUGCAAUUGGCCGCCGGCGCAAAGAGAUCCGGGCCAUCAUCGGGGGCUGUUGGAGAUCUUGUAUAGAGGCCGGCGAGGGUAUUGACUCUACUAGCGAUGCGGCUAACAAGGAACGCCCGUUCGUAGCGGACGCUAUCAUCGCGAACCCUCCCAGCUUCGCGCACAUCCACUGUGCCGAGAAAAUGGGGAUUCCAUUGCAUAUGAUGUUCACGAUGCCAUGGUCGCCGACGCAAGCGUUUCCGCACCCACUCGCCAACGUGCGCACCACCGACAUCAAGCCGUCCGUGGCAAAGUUCGCAUCGUACGCAAUCACGGAGAUCCUCAUCUGGCAGGGUGUGGGUGACCUGCAGAACGACUUUCGCCGGUACGAGCUGGGCCUGGAGCAGCUGGAUGCUCUGCGUGCGCCUAGCAUCCUCCAUCGGCUGCGCAUUCCCUUUACCUAUUUCUGGUCGCCCUCGCUGCUCCCUAAGCCGGGCGAUUGGGAGUCCCACAUCGAUGUCUCGGGGUUCAACUUCCUGUCUGGAAAUAGUACCUUCAAGCCUCCGCAAGACCUCGCCCGCUUUCUCGAAACCGGCCCUCCGCCCAUAUACGUUGGAUUCGGAUCGAUCGUCGUCGACGACCCGGACGCGUUGACUCGCACGGUGCUCAACGCGAUACGCAUGACCGGCCAGCGCGCGCUGAUAUCGCAGGGCUGGGGUGGGCUGGGCGGAUCCCACAUGGUGGACGGGUUGGAUCAGGACGUGAUGUUCAUUGGGAAUACUCCGCACGACUGGCUAUUUCCGCGGGUCAGUUGUGUUGUCCAUCAUGGCGGCGCAGGGACAACCGCUAUUGGCCUCGCCCUGGGUCGUCCAACGACGAUAGUGCCGUUCUUCGGGGAUCAGCCGUUCUGGGGCUCACUGGUGGCGCUGAACAAGGCUGGAGCGCAGCCCAUCACUUUUACUAAACUGACGGCGGACAAGCUGGCAGAGGCUAUCAACUUCUGUCUCGAGCCAUGGAUGAUCGCACGUGUACAGCAACUGAGUGACAAGAUCCAGUCCGAGCAGGGUGCGGAAGAUGGAGUUGCCAGCUUCCAUCGUCAGCUAGAUGUCCCCAAAUUGCAGUGCAACCUGUGUCAGGACAGACCAGCUGUGUGGCGCGUGCGAAAGACGAAAAUUCUACUCAGUGCGUUCGCGGCGGCGGUUCUCGUUCAGGAGAAUAAAUUAGACCCAUGUGACGUCAGGCUGUACCAUAGCACGCAUUACGAAGUAAAUCACGAUCCCCGAGGACCAAUCGUUCAGGCGAUCGAGGGGUUGGCAGGAUCUAUGACGAGUUUUCUGUCAGGGUUGGCCGAGUUUCCAAUGGACGUCGUCAACAGCUUCAGCCAGGACUUGUCCGCUCGCUUUGCCGACAGUUAUGGGUUGUCCACCUGGGAUGCCCGCGCAUCAGUGACCUCGACUGCGUGUACCGGCGCAGACUCAACAUCGACUACGGUAGUUCCGACAUCAGAGAAUCAAACAACGCUGUCAGAGAGGGCUGGUUCGGCUAGUGACCAGUCGUCAGCGAGCAACGAAAGUCAGAACCUACCAGCCAUGGGCAAUAAGCAGCGGAGUAAAGGACGGACGUUGAUCGCCAACACGAGCUAUACGGGACGCCGGGUACUGAACUGGAUCGUGGAGUUACCCAUGGGUUUGACCCUCGGCUUAUCGCAAGGAUUUCAUGAGGUACCCCGGUGGUAUCACGACCGCACUGUGCGCGAAACACCCCAGGUGAGAGGCUUUUGGUCCGGGAUCGACGCUGCAAAGAAGGAAUUCAGCUACAGCUGGUAUGAUGGGAUAUCUGGGGUCGUGACCCAACCACGGUAUGGAUGGAAAGAAGGCGGCUUCAUUGGGAUGGCGAAGGGCGUCGGAAAGGGUCUCGGUGGGUUACUGCUCAAGCCCCAAGCAGGUCUAUGGGGGCUUUUCGGCUACCCAUUGAACGGCAUCCACCGCCGCAUUGAACGGAGCUAUGGCAUCGACCGACAGUGCUAUAUUGUCUCAUCGCGCAUUCGGCAGGGCCUCGAGGAAUGGGAAGCUGCAUCCCCGCGUGAGCGAGAGAUGGUACUGAGCCAAUGGCCCGCUUACGAGGAGUUAAUGCGGAGCAAGCAUGGACAGACGGAGAGCUAGAUCUCUGUUGCAUGUGCCCCAUAGACGAGAUUUAUAAUAGAAAGUGAAAUAGCUCUACUA